AUGUUUGAACAGGAGACAUUUUGUGUUAAAAUAAGUGAUACAAGUAAAUUUGUUAAUACGGCUGAAACACAUAUUGAAGAGACAUAUGAAAGUGAAAAUAUAAAAAAAGUUGAAGAAAUAUAUAAAGUGGAAAUAGAAAAAAAUGAUGAAUUAGAUGAACAAAAAUAUUCAUUUUGGUUAUCAAUCUCUUAUGCAUUAAUGGCUAUAAUAUCAGAGGCCCCUUAUUUUAUAAUAAUAUCAAUGGCCGAUUUUUUUAAAAGUGCAUUCAAUGUAAGCGAUGUUAUGAUAAAUGAAUUUGCUAUAAUGGAGAGUAUAAUUGUAAUUGUUGUAUGCGUUUUAUUACAUUUGAUUGGAAGUUAUAGAUUAAAAUGGAAUUUAUAUCAACCUAUAUUAACUGUGUUUGUUUUAGGAAUAUUAUAUUUAGUUAUUCUUUUUAAACGAGAUCACAUAGGCCACAAAAUUAUAAUAUUUAGUGCAAUCCCAUUAGGUUUUAUUUUAUGUAUAGCUAAAAUGACUACCAUUAAAAUAUGUGUUUUGUUUAAAAAGCCUUAUUGUAGUGCAUAUGUGUGUGGGUUAUCACUUUCUGGAUUUUUAGUUUUUUUGUUAUAUGUAUUGGGUGCAUAUGUAUUAUUUCCUAAUGAUGAAAAUAAAUUCUGUAACAUGUUUUCUUUAUUUUGUGGAACAAUUUCUCUGCUAUCUAUUAUAUGCUUUUUGAUAUUAUUCAAAAUAUAUAAUUUACCUUUUGUAAAAAGAUUAGAAGAAAAAUAUGGUGAUAAAGGGCUUUUAAUAAACAAAACUAUUUUAGUUGAUUCUUUCCAAUCUUUAAAUAUGAUUUGGAAAUAUAUGAUUGUCGGUUUUCUUACAAAUUUUUUCACAUAUCAAAUAUAUCCAUCCAUAUUCCCAACAAGCGUAGAUAUACAAAAAGAAUCAAAGGGUCUUUUAUCAGGAGUGUUAUUAUUUGGAGAUUCUUCAGCUCGUCUUGUAGUUCACAAUUUAAGCAGCUACUUUAUUAAAAUAUCCUUUUUAUCUUAUUCAUGUGUUCAAAUUUUCAGAUUUGCAUUACUUCCUAUUUUUGCACUUAUUGUUAUAUAUAAACAUUAUAUUCUCAAUAAUCUUAUAUUUUUAAUUUUUUUAGCAUAUAUAUUUGGUUUUACAAAUGGAUUAAUUAGUAAUGCUGUUUUUUUGAAACUGCCUGAAGUAUGCAACAAAAAAAAUAAAAGAGAAUAUCUUCAAUUGGUUCCGAAUAUAGUUUAUUUAUCUCUUUUAUUAGGAACUACGGUUGGUUGUGCAACAUCAAAAAUAUAUAUGAAAAUUUUGCCUAUUAUUUAA